UCUUUACAAUGAGAACCAAGACGACACUCUUCUUUUGGUUAUCUGCAUUUGCCAUUGCACUAGUUUCCAUUACCUUUGCACUCCACAGCUUCACAUCACUCACUUCAACUUCUGUUAUCUCCGAUUACGCACAAAGUGCCUUCAGUCUUGCCAUUUUUGAUGGUUUUCUAAAGCUAAGUGGUGAGGUGUUGCUGUCAACCGCGAGAAGCAUUGUGUCCAGACACUACCAUCAUCAGGGGAGGAUAAAUUGCGAUUUGAAACUCUGGAAAUCGAAGCUCAUAUCAGAUUUCAAUGUGUCACUUGUUAUGACUGUUGGCUUAAAUGGCUGCACAAACUUUAGUAGUGUGCAAAUGGCAGUAGAUGCUGUUCCUGAGCUUAGCACUAAUAGGACUCUCAUCAUAAUCGACACAGGUACUUACAGGGAGAAGGUGACCGUUAAUGCUAGCAAGACCAACUUGAUAUUUCAAGGUCAGGGCUAUCUUAACACUGCCAUAGCUUGGAAUGAUUCUGCUAAUUCAUCUGGAGGGACUGGCCGAAGCGCUUCAGUUUCCAUAUUUGCUCCCCAUUUCGUUGCCUACAACAUUAGCUUUAAGAACACAGCUCCGCCACCUUCAAAAGGCAGAAUCGGAGCUCAGGCAGUGGCACUUCGAGUUACUGGAGAUCAGGCUGCGUUUUAUGGAUGUGGUUUCUAUGGUGCACAAGACACUCUCAAUGAUGACCAUGGAAGACAUUAUUUUAGAGAAUGUUUCAUUGAAGGAUCCAUUGAUUUCAUUUUUGGAAGCGCAAGGUCACUAUAUGAGGGGUGCACAAUAAAUUCAAUAGCAAAUCCAGUGAAAGAUGGGAUAUUACUGAAAGGUAGGAUAAGUGGAGCCAUCACAGCACAAGGAAAGAAAUCUAUGCAGGAGCAAAGUGGGUAUUCCUUUGUGAAUUGCAGCAUUGGAGGAAGUGGGAGAGUGUGGCUUGGUCGAGCUUGGGGACCUUAUGCGACUGUGGUGUUCUCCAAAACAUACAUGUCUGAUGUUGUUGCUUCUGAUGGUUGGAAUGACUGGAGUGACCCUUCUAGAGAUCAGAAAGUGUUUUAUGGGGAGUACGAGUGCAUGGGACCAGGAGCAAACAAUACAAAUAGGGUCUUAUAUUCAAAGCAGCUCAAUGAAUCUGAAGCAGCACCCUUUUUGGAUGUUUCCUAUAUUGAUGGGAAUGAAUGGCUUCUACAUACUCCACUCUUCAAUCUUCAUGAAGAUAAAGAUAUGAAUACGGAGGAACCGAAACAAGGAGGAAACUCUAACAGUGCAGUGUAAGAUAUAUGGCCACCCAUUCCAUCAUGCAUACAUCAUACAACACAGAGAGAUCGAACAGUUUGAAAUGGGACGCGACAUACAACACAGAGAUAUCAAACAGUUUUUUUUUUUUUGGAAAUAAUAUAUCAACGCUGCAGGAUUAUGAAUACGUGAAAGUGUUUGGUAAGAUAUCAUGUAAUCUCUGU